AUGGAGCACCAUCUCACUGACGGCAUCCCAAAGGUGGACACACUGCUGAGCGCACUCGGGAGCAGGAGACAGCCACUGGCAGAAGGACCUACGGCGUUGCUGGACCUCCCGCUCGGGGUCAAGGUCCCCGUGCUGCCUGGCUCCAAGCCUGUCUUCUGCAGGACAAAGCUGGGGAAAAAGGACCUGGGCUCCAUCUCCACCACUCUCCCCAAAGCCAUGGCCAAUUCCCUGUGGGACACCACGGCCAUCUCCUAUGCAGGAUGUGCUGCACAGCUCUUGUUCUUCAUCUUCUUUCUCACAGCAGAGUAUUGUCUUCUCACCAUUAUGGCCUAUGACCGCUACGUUGCCAUCUGCAAACCCCUGCACUACGGGACCCUCCUGGGCAGCAGAGCUUGUGUCCACAUGGCAGCAGCUGCCUGGGGCAGUGGGUUUCUCUAUGCUCUCCUGCACACGGCCAAUACAUUUUCCCUGCCCCUCUGCCAGGGCAAUGCCCUGGACCAGUUCUUCUGUGAAAUCCCCCAGAUCCUCAAGCUCUCCUGCUCAGACUCCUACCUCAGGGAAGUUGGGCUUCUUGUGGUCAGUGCCUGUUUAACCUUCGGGUGCUUUGUUUUCAUCGUGCUGUCCUAUGUGCAGAUCUUCAGGGCCGUGCUGAGGAUCCCCUCUGAGCAGGGACGGCACAAAGCCUUCUCCACGUGCCUCCCUCACCUGGCCGUGGUCUCCGUCUUUCUCAGCACUGCCGCAUUUGCCUACCUGAAGCCCCCCUCCAUCUCCUCCCCAGUUCUCGACCUGGUGGUGGCUGUGCUGUACUCAGUGUUGCCUCCAGCACUGAACCCCCUCAUCUACAGCAUGAGGAACCAGGAGCUCAAGGAGGAAGAGCUGGUCAGAGACGUGAAGAUUGGCUGUCGUGACCCUGAAGUAGUGGGGUGCCAGCACUCCAGGGGAGUGAGGAAGCAGAACAGAAGACUGCAAACGCUGGACCUCAGAGGUCCUUUUGCCUUUGGCCUACGCUGA